CGCACCAUUCCCUCAUUUUCUGUCUUGGAAAUUUGAAUCAUUCCAGCCUCCAGAUAUGUUCCAAAUCUCCAAAAAAAUUUCAUUCCCAGAUCUAACCCGAGCGUUCUCGGCAAAGAAAACACAAAAUCAUGAAGCGCUCAACGCCAAUAAAGUCCGCCCAGGUCAAGCGUCGCUUUGAUUCCCGACCCAAAAUCCCUUUCUCCGACGCGAAUCAAGGGUCAGAGUCGCACCAUCACUGCUCUGACGCAGAUCGAGGGUUCGAGUUCCUCUCCUCUCCUUCCGUUGUCACCUCUGUCAUCCCGCGACAAGCACAUUCCGGCAAUGCGAUUGAGUGGAGGAUGGUCUCGUCGUCGAGUGCGGCGGGGAUGCGGCAUAGCUGCGGCGGCCAUGGAUGGCGAGGAACAGCGAAGGCAGGGACGCCUCUGUGAAGAUUGUGCAUAGAUAUGGCUGGUCGUUUUCAGCCUUUUCUGUGCCUAGGUUUCUUUCGUCGGAGAACAAGAACCAGAAAGGACAGAUCAUAUUUGGAAAAGCAGGAUUCACCGAUCGCUUGGUUCGCCGAUCGAUGGGAGAUACUGGAUUUGAUUCACGAAAGAAUAGAGGGCACUAGGCAGGGAGUGGGAUCGAAGAAGAUGAAGAAGGGGAUUAAGAGAGACGGAGAGUUCAUCUCCUUUUGUUUUGUUUAUUUAUGUUUUUUAUUUAUUUUGUAAAUGAUGUGUAUUCCACCAGUCAGUGAAUGCUGAGGUGGAAAUGAAAGAGAAGGUGAGUU